UCGUUUUGCCGUCGUCACUCAUUUGCAUCCCGGAAGUGCUUCUACUUACGUAACGAGGUCAAAAUGGCGGCUCACUGCCUGUGAAAGGGUCGAACCUGAAGGCAGCUUUAUGAUCCUAAGACAUGUAUAAAACGCCAUGCAGCAGACUGACAGGUUUUCUAGGUGUAAGAAUAAAACAGCGAUUGGUUCAAAUUGCUCCUCGAUGUGACCAGACUGCUCGAAGUCUUAUUUACCUCCACAAAAGAAAUCCCUCAAACUCGCUGACGUAUCAGCAUCUUAACUUUCUGAAACGACAGUAUGUUACCAAAACCAGCAGUGGACUUCAGCAGCACGCGGUCCCCAAGCACAACCCGACAGUUGUCGAUGAAAGAGAUGCCAGCGUUGAAAGACAGGUGGAGAGAAUACCGGCGAUUAAUGCUGAGCUCGCAGCAGUCGCCCCACUGUCGGAGGAUGUAACGCGUGAAACACAACCUGAAAACUUCGCUGCAAAGCCUGCUACGCAAAGUGCGACAACUCCAAAAGGUUCUGCGUCCCAUUUUGCUGCAACCACAGACGAGCCUCCGCACGUUCAAGUGGAGACGGAGGAGGCGAAGCAGGCCCGUCUCGACAGACAGUGGAAGCCGCUGAAAGUCGAUGCGAGUGACCUACCAGAUGUCUACGCUAGACUUGCUAAAAUCAAACUUACAGCUCUGGUGGCAACAACUGCAGCAGCCGGUUUUGCAAUGGCUCCCGUUCCUUUUGAUCCCGUCUUGUUUUUCGUGUCUUCUCUGGGAACAGGCCUGGCAUCCUGUGCUGCCAAUUCCAUUAACCAGUACUUUGAGGUGCCCUUUGACUCCAACAUGAACCGAACAAAGAACCGUCCCCUCGUCAGAGGGCAGAUCAGCCCGCUACAUGCCGUGUCAUUCGCUCUGGCCUGUGGCAUUCCUGGAGUUGCUCUUCUCACGCUGGCAGUAAACCCCUUAACAGGCUUCCUGGGCGCCUUCAACAUCUUUCUGUACACCUGCUGCUACACGCCGCUCAAGAGGCUCAGCAUCGUCAACACCUGGGUGGGAGCGGUGGUCGGAGCAAUACCCCCUGUGAUGGGUUGGUGCGCUGCCACAGGCAGUCUGGAUCCAGGUGCUUUCGUACUGGGCGGCUUCCUCUACUGCUGGCAGUUCCCGCACUUCAACGCUCUCAGCUGGAACUUGAGGGAAGACUACUCGCGCGGCGGCUAUCGCAUGAUGUCCGUCACUCACCCGGGCAUGUGCAAGCGAGUGGCCCUGCGUCACAGCCUCGCCCUGAUCCCGCUGACGACGCUAGCGCCCGCGCUGGACAUCACCACCUGGAACUUCCCCGUCAUCUCCUUACCCAUCAACCUGUACAUCAGCUACCUAGCCGCCCGCUUCUACUACCAGGGGGACCGCAACAGCGCCCGCAAGCUCUUCUUCUGCAGCCUGUGGCACCUGCCCAUGCUGCUGCUGCUGGCGCUCACCUGUAAGAAGUACAGUCGGAGUCCGGGGGACGCGGCGGCGCCUCUGACCCUCGUACCGUCUGCGAAAUAACCGGGACCCUCCUUUUAACCGCAGUACUCCUGGGUGGAAAGAUGUUUGCUGACACACUGCUUUACAGAAAACACACCAAGUUGCAAUCUUUUAAUUGUGUGUUCUGUAGUUAUGUAUAUUUAUUCUUAAAAGGUCCCACCAGUUCUUGUGUCUUAUAUCUGACUGAGAAAUGACUGUACUGUUUACACCACUCUCACGGAAAGCCUCAGCCUCUGCAGCUCGUUAAGGUGGAAACCAUGUUGUCACCGGGUUUUUAGGAAGUGGUAAAACAGGACAGACGCGAUGAUGCCAUGUUACUUGACAGUAAAUAAACCUCGUUUUCCUUUGAAACAAAAAGAAAAUGUGUAUGAGGUUUAACUUCAUAAACCUGCUUUAAGGGAUCAUUUAUCCCCCUUUGGACAAAAGGGCAGCUAUCCUCAACCAAUAAAUAUAGAAUGAUUGUAACUA